AUGAAAUCCUUGGCAGCAAUUAUUAAGUAUUCCUUUUAUAUCUAUAAAGAAACAACCAAAUAUAAUUUCCAAAUUCUAAAAUAUAAAUAUAUGAUUUUAAAUUUUAAAUCAAUCAAAUUACACACUAUUCUUAAAAUAGUAGCAACUUUAAUUAAAGACUUCCAUCCACUUCUAUAAUGUAAAAUAAAUUACUAUUAAGGCAUUACUUAAAUUGUGAUUGAGGAUUCAUUGAUGUUAAAUGCAUCAUUGUUAUAAUAAUCAUUAUGCUCCAAAAGUAAAUUACAUAUAUUACACUGUUAUGAAUAUUUUCAUUAUUAAAUAAUACUAAAUAGAAGUUAAACUUUGAAUUAAGGUGAAACCUCUAAAUUUUUAGGUCUUUGUUAAAUUUAAAAUGAUGUAUAGACAUGCACAAUAGUUAAAUGA